AUGAAGACUGCAUCAUCAACGACAACCCACGACUACCUGCUGGAGUUCCUGGAGGGUCUGGGCGGUCCUGAACACAGCGCCACCAUCCAGGACUGGGACACUGCAGGGAGGGUUUACCUGGACUACAUCAGGGUCAUCAAGACUCUGCAGGACAUCCAGCAGAUGGAGAGCGCCGGCUACGAGCUGGAGCGUCUCUACACCGACGUGACGUCUCUCUGCAGCAGAAUCGAGCUGCUGCCCUGCAGCACCGCCAGAGACCGGCUCGCCCAAUCAGAAAUGGCGAAGCGUGUGGCGAACAUCCUCCGUGUGGUUCUGAGCCUCCAGCAGGGCGACGCUUCGUCCGACUCGCUCGGCGUCCCGCUGGCUCAGCUGGCACCACACAUCAGCCGCCUGCCGAUGCCGGAGGACUACACCCUGGAGGAGCUGCGAGGCCUCACCCAGUCCUACCUGAGGCAGCUCAUCGUCAGCCAAUGACAGCGCAGAGCCGGAGCAGGAAGUGAUGUCACACCGGUGCAAACGGGAAGACGGCCUUAGCCGCUCGAACGUCAUGAAACCACGAUGCAGAGUUCAAGGAAAAGAGCGUCUAAACAGAAAGUUUAGUUCAGUUUUAGACGCCGUCAACAGGAAGUGACUGGAUUUCAAAUUAAGGUUCGAGUGAGGGAUCAGCUGAGGCACCUCACAGUUUGAUGCUGCUGUAGAUCAGUGGUUCUCAUUGGAGAACAGAGUCCAGCAGAAAACAAACAGGUGGUGAAAUGUCUCAUUUUAUCCAAACAACCAUUAAAGACAAAGUAAAUCUUCUAUUUUUCUUGAGUUCCUCCAAAUAUUAUUUAAGUCAAACAACCAAAAAGAAACACUCCUGUGUAGAACUCGUGGCUGCUGGUUUCCUCCCAUUUCUGAUUGAAAAUCAUCCUGAAAGCAUGAAGACUGUUGAUUUAGAGCAGGAAGUUUGGAAACAUUCAGCACAAAAAGGCCUCAGAGGUCAUUAUCAAAGUCUUCAUUGAUUUAGAAACGUGUCUGAAAACAUCACAUCUGGAAUCAUAAUCUCUAAGUAGGAUGGAAGAAUCAACGUCAGGUUUGUUUUCUUUGGUUUGCUGCUGUUUUAGUGAUGUUCGUUGGAAUUAUUGUGAAAUGAAGCCAAGAAACCGUCAGAGGAAGGAGAUCUAAGCAUCAGUCUGAAAAUCCUUUUUUUGUUAAGCUUUUGUUGAAUUGAUUUCAUUUAGAUUUGUCGAUAAUUACAGCAGCACUAAACUGAACAGCAACACAUUUAAAACCACCUAACUGACUGUAAAUGUUCUUCAUGUCGCUGAUUUUCAUUCUGUGCAGAAACCAAAGUAAAACCUCCAGAACGCUGUGAGGCCUCCGGGUUAACAGAAAACAAACUGAAACAUGAAACUGCAGCUUGGAUUUAAACCACAUUUACUCUCAUUUCCAGGUUUAUUAUUUGGAAGUUCUCGUCGAUAACAGGAGCGUUUUUUUUUUCUCCUCUGCCUGUUUGAAAAGUGUCGUCAUAUCUUCAGAAUAAAAGUACCAGAUGUACUCGUUCGACUCUAAACAAAGAGCUGCGUUCUUGAUCACCGCCACUGACUCGGUUUCAUUCCAAGUGAAUAAAAGCGUCCGUUAGCUUAGCAACGGUAGCUCCUGUUCAUCUGUCCAUAUGUGAAUAGAGACGACCUGUAAGGUUAAAGAAGAAGAAGCGGUGAUGGUUCCUCAACAUGCAAAGUGUAAAAUGGUCUAUUUUUGUAGAUUUCCUGUUUUUUGUUUGGUCUGAAUGUGAACCAGAAGUGAGCAGCAGCAGUUUGGUCGUCAGGUUUUCUAAAGUGAAGAGUUUCCUUCCAAAACGAGCUGCCAGCCGGAGAUUUCACUGCAUGUAAUUAUAUAAAUAUUGUAUAUUUUUGGAACUCAAACGGGGAACGUCAGGUCAUUUUUAUCCUCUACCUUUAAUUAGCAGCAAAUUGGAUGCAAAGUCUUUUGAAAUGAAACCCUUCACUUAUCCAUGGUUUGGUUUUGUUGUAGAUUAAGUGUCGGCUUGCCAAGAAUGUGCUUUUGUUGUUUUUUCUUUUCAUUUUCACGGUUUCUCUAUAUGAUGUCAAACAGUGUGUGUGUCGUUCACAUGGAUGGAUUCUGUUUUGUGUGUGUGUGGCUGCGUGCAUGUCAGGAUUCUGUUGGUAUUUUUUAAUAAAGGCAAGUAGAAAUAAA